ACCUCUCCGGGAGUCACAGAGUCUCUGAGUUUAUAAACACAAUUGACCAAAACAAGUAAAAAAAGAGGAGACCGAGAAAACCCAAAAAAAAAACCCGACGACGAUUACAAAGAUGAGGAUCACUGUUAUGACCGCCGGUGAACAAAUCAUCUCUCUUGAUGUCGAUUCUAAUGAAACCGUUGAGAAUGUUAAAGCCUUGCUCGAAGUUGAGUCCAAUGUUCCGAUUCAGCAGCAGCAGCUGUUGUAUAAUGGAAACGAGAUGGGGAAUUCCGAUAAAUUGAGUGCCUUGGGUGUUAAGGAUGAUGAUUUAUUAAUGAUGAUGGUUUCCACCAAUUCCUCAUCUGGUGGUGCUGCACCAGCAACAGGGAGUGAUUUGGGCAUGAAUCCUGAUGGGUCAGCUUUGAACCCUGCAGCCUUUCAACAACACGUUAGGGGUGAUUCUAAUCUUAUGGGACAGCUAUUUCAGACAGAUCCCGAGCUUGCACAAGUGAUUUCUGGAAGUGAUUUGAAUAAGUUACAAGAUGUGUUACGUGCACGGCAUCGUCAGCGAUCUGUUUUACAGCGUCAAAAGGAAGAGGAACUCGCCCUUCUCUAUGCUGAUCCUUUUGAUGUUGAAGCUCAGAAGAAAAUCGAAGCUGCAAUUCGACAGAAAGGAAUUGAUGAGAACUGGGAAGCUGCCCUUGAACAUAAUCCUGAAGGUUUUGCUCGGGUGAUAAUGCUUUAUGUGGAUAUGGAGGUCAAUGGCGUACCUUUGAAGGCAUUUGUUGAUAGUGGUGCACAGUCGACAAUUAUAUCCAAGAGUUGUGCUGAGAGAUGCGGAUUGCUGAGACUAAUGGAUCAGCGCUAUAAAGGUAUUGCUCAUGGUGUUGGCCAGUCAGAGAUAUUAGGCCGCAUUCAUGUUGCUCCAAUAAAGAUUGGGAAUAACUUUUACCCAUGUUCAUUCGUGGUGCUGGACUCACCUAACAUGGAAUUCCUAUUUGGCCUGGAUAUGCUGCGUAAGCAUCAGUGCACUAUAGAUUUGAAGGAAAACGUCAUGACUGUUGGAGGAGGAGAGGUCUCUGUUCCCUUUUUGCAAGAGAAAGACAUCCCUUCCCGAUUUCUUGAUGAAGAACGUGUUCUUAACGAAGCAUCUGGCUCUGGAGCAACGGUUCCCUCUGGGUUUACAGAGAAGAAGAAUAACACGGUUGCAAACCCAACGAGUCAACAACCUAAAAGGCAGAACACAUCAGAGGGACCUGAAUUUGAAGCAAAGAUUGCAAAGCUUGUGGAGUUAGGCUUCUCCCGCGAAGCAGUGAUUCAAGCUCUCAGAUUGUUUGAAGGAAACGAAGAACAAGCCGCUGGCUUUCUCUUUGGAGGCUGAGGGUUUAAAUUAAACUGGUUCCAUAUACCAAUGGCCAACAAAUUGUGAUUUAAAGAGACCUUCACAUUCUGCUUCUAUUCCUCAUUAUCUUUUUUGUAUUUUAUAGAACGAAACAUAAGGAAUGCAAAGACCAUGCCAUAAGUUAUCUCUCCAUUGUAUGCUGUCGAAUAAUCAGACUUUAGGGUCUACAAAAAUGCAAUGCAAGUUUCUUAU